CUUGGGGUAAACAGACAAACGUGAGGAAACGCUUUUAAGAACGAAAACAACUUACGAUUAGUGUAUAAAACUAUUUUUAAACAAAUUAGUGACAAUAAUAAAAACACUUAUUUUUGAAAUACAGUGAAAUAAAAAGCGCAGAAAUGCUAGCACGUCGCUCAAUCGCUGUAGUACAAGCGUUGAAACAACAUUGUCGCAAAAUGUCGCAAGUCGGUGAAUUGGGUAGYGGCGCAGGCAAGGGUGGCGGCGGUGGUGGCUCYAUACGCGAGGCAGGCGGCUCUUUCGGCAAAAUGGAAGCAGCACGAGAGGAGGAAUUYUUCUACAAGCAGCAAAAGGAACAGCUGAAGAAUCUGAAAACCAAAAGCGACGACGCACCUAAGAGUACAAAUGCCAACGCACAACCGGCGAAGUAGUGAAAUGGUGUAAAUAGACGAAAAAUAAAUUACUUGAGAAACAAUUUUGGAACAGCGCCAAUUGGUGUUUGUGUCCUCAAUAUUUUGCCCGCAAAUGUGCAUAAACGAAUUUUGUAGUUGAAAGCGCUGUUUUUACUUAUAAUACCCAAGAGUUCAAUAUGGUAUUUUGUUAAUUAUAUUUAUUUACCCUAAUAUAUACACAAAUUAAAAAAAAAAUAUAUAUUUAAUCAUACU